AAAAAUACUUAAAGACAGAAUGAUCCGAGCUUGAAGAUGGAAAUGACCUCCUGCUCUGAGAAAACGGACCUCGGACCUAUCAGUUUGUGGAGUUUUAUUGUUAGUUUUGUCAGUUAUAAACUACAGGUGAUCCGGACGGGUCCAGAAUCCAGGAUCUUCUCAGAAAAAAACACAAACCUUUCUGAGCCAUGCUGUCUCCCAUGUAUGCAGACAGCUCAGUCAUCAUGGAGAGAGCGCCGUCCUUGCGGAAGGGUGGGAGAGUGCAGCCACAGGGCCACAAACUGCGCUGUCAUCCUCCUACCAGCGGGAGCAGUGUUUGUGCCCACCCCACCUACUAUCAUACUGUGUAUGACAUGAGUGAUGAAGCAUGCCAGGUUGACUCCUUUGACUACAGCAAAACGAAUGGGGAAACCGUGGUGAUGGAUGGCACACUUUACUCUUUGAUGCCCAGUGAUUCUCUGGUUCCUCCUGUCAGAAGGAGAGGGGGCCUAGUUGACCACCGUGAUGUCAUCAAAGCUCACCAGUCCCAUAAAUUGCAGAGCACUCCACAAGCCCGACGAAAACAAUGGGAAAUGGCUCGGUUCGGAGACGAAGUGCCGGCCAGGUACGGCGGCGGGGGCUCCGGUCAGGGGGGACCCGGCCGCGGCGGCAGCAGGCAGGGCGGCCCGCCAGGGGCCCAGAGAAUGUACAAGCAAUCGAUGGCCCAGAGAGCCCGGACCAUGGCCCUCUACAACCCGAUCCCGGUCCGACAGAACUGCCUGACGGUCAACCGCUCUCUGUUUCUCUUCAGUGAAGACAACAUAAUUCGAAAAUACGCCAAAAAGAUCACCGAAUGGCCUCCGUUUGAGUGGAUGAUUUUAACCACCAUCAUUGCCAACUGCAUCGUACUGGCUCUUGAACAACACUUGCCAGAUGGAGACAAAACUCCACUGUCAGAACGACUGGAUGACACAGAGCCCUAUUUCAUUGCUAUUUUCUGUUUUGAAUCGGGCAUUAAGAUUCUUGCGCUGGGAUUUGCCUUCCACAAGGGCUCCUACCUGAGAAAUGGCUGGAACGUGAUGGACUUUGUAGUGGUGCUCACGGGUAUCCUGUCCUCCGUGGGGUCAGAAUUAGACCUGCGGACAUUGCGAGCAGUCAGAGUGUUGCGGCCACUAAAAUUGGUGUCAGGAAUUCCAAGCCUGCAGGUGGUGCUGAAGUCCAUCAUGAAGGCCAUGAUUCCACUUUUGCAAAUUGGCGUGCUCUUAUUUGUGGCCAUCCUUAUGUUUGCCAUUAUUGGCCUGGAGUUCUACAUGGGCAAAUUCCACGAAACAUGCUACGACAAUGUCACAUUUGAGAUUUUUGACGAACAGCCCUGUGGUGCUCGAAGCUGUCCGGACUGGUCGAAUUGUAUGGGAUACUGGAUCGGCCCAAACUAUGGCAUCACACAGUUCGACAAUGUCCUUUUUGCCGUGCUCACUGUUUUCCAGUGCAUCACCAUGGAGGGUUGGACGGACAUGCUUUAUUACAGCAAUGAUGCCUUAGGGAGUGCAUGGAACUGGAUGUACUAUGUUCCCCUCAUCAUCAUAGGAUCCUUCUUUAUGCUUAAUCUGGUGUUGGGUGUCCUUUCAGGCGAGUUUGCCAAAGAAAGAGAGCGUGUGGAGAACAGAAGCGAGUUCCUCAAGCUCAAACGUCAGCAGCAGAUAGAGAGAGAACUCAAUGGAUAUCUGGAAUGGAUCUGCAAAGCAGAGGAGGUCAUACUCGCUGAGGAUGACAUUGGCCCCGGUGACAGAUCUCGUCGCAGGCCCACAUUAAAGAAAAACAAAGCUGACCUUUUAAAUCCAGAAGAAGGAGAGGACCACAUGGGAGAUGCAGUUGGGUCGCCUUUUGCUCGUGCGAGCAUAAAGAGCGGGAUGGGUGACGGAACUCCGUUUAACAAGAAAGAGCGCCGUCUUCGCUUCUUUAUUCGAAAGAUUGUAAAGACUCAGACGUUCUACUGGACCGUCCUCAGCCUGGUGGGACUCAACACACUGUGCGUGGCCGUCGUACACUACGAUCAGCCCGAAAUGCUGUCAGACUUCCUCUAUUAUGCUGAGUUCAUUUUCCUAGGCCUCUUUAUGUCAGAGAUGCUGAUUAAGAUGUACGGACUGGGGACGCGCCCUUAUUUCCACUCCUCGUUCAACUGUUUCGACUGUAUCGUCAUCGUUGGCAGCAUAUUUGAGGUGUUCUGGGCCAUGGUAAAGCCAGGGGCGUCCUUUGGAAUCAGCGUGUUACGAGCUCUCCGACUGCUUAGGAUCUUCAAAGUCACCAAAUACUGGGCGUCUUUGCGUAAUCUGGUAGUGUCUCUUCUGAACUCCAUGAAGUCCAUUAUCAGUUUACUUUUCCUUCUCUUCCUCUUCAUCGUGGUCUUUGCUCUUCUCGGCAUGCAGCUGUUCGGUGGACAGUUUAACUUUGAGCAAGGCACUCCUCCCACAAACUUUGAUACUUUCCCUGCUGCCAUAAUGACAGUGUUUCAGAUUCUAACAGGAGAGGAUUGGAACGUGGUGAUGUAUGAUGGCAUUAAGUCUCAGGGAGGGGUGGACAAAGGAAUGAUCUUCUCCGUAUUCUUCAUUGUCCUCACACUCUUUGGCAACUACACACUACUGAAUGUAUUCUUGGCUAUCGCUGUGGACAACCUGGCCAAUGCUCAGGAACUAACUAAGGAUGAACAACAAGAAGAGGAGGCCACAUCACAAAAGCUUGCUCUUCAGAAAGCAAAAGAAGUGGCAGAAGUGAGCCCACUGUCUGCUGCCAACCUCUCUAUUUCUGCAGUUACAGUAAAAUCUGAACGUAUCGAUGCCACAGACAGUUUACUGGACUGUAAAGAGCAGCAGAAGAACUCGAAAGGUUCUAAGUCGGUGUGGGAGCAGCGCACAAGCGAGAUUCGCAGACAGAACCUGAUGACCAGCAGAGAGGCACUUUACAAUGAACUUGAUGCAGAAGAUCACUGGAAGAUGAACUACCGCAACCGUCCUGACAUGAAGACCCACUUGGACCGCCCACUAGUUGUUAAUCCUCAGGAGAACCGCAACAACAAUACCAACAAGCCCCGACCGGGUGAACCAAACCCCCAGGAGCUGAACCAGCAGAGGGGUGAAGAAUACUUGCAGCACCAGCCCCGAUACCACCACCAUCACAGUCAUCAUCAUCACCACCACCACCACACCCACUCCAGCCGCCAGUCCCUACACCACCCAGAGCAGGGGGAGGCAGGGUGCGAAUAUGCCCAGAGAGGAGGCGAGGACGUGGAGGGCGCAGGCGAGCACAGGCGACCCAGGCACCACCAGCACAGAAGGAGGGAUGAAGAUGGAGCAGAAAGAGGGAGGAGACACAGAGAACACCACAGCAGAGGAGAGACAGGAGGAGAAGGGGAGGAGGGCCAAGAGAAGAGGCAGAGGAGGCAUCGCCAUGGAAACCAUGGGGAUGGAGAUGGAAGGAGGGAUAGGGAACGGAGUCGACAGCAUCAAGCUAGAAAAGAGGCUAGUUUAUCGUUGGCCCGUCCAAUUCAGCCUGGUCUGUCUCACACGGAGAGCCAGUACAGUGAGGAUAUGGACAACCUGCGAAACAGCAGCAAGAUGGCCAUCCAUGACCCUGAUCCUGAUCUUUAUGACCCCUACUGUGACCCAGAGCAAGCUAAUAAUCUGCUGAACCUGCGUGGACCAGAUCUCCAUGACAGCAGUCUCAUUCUGACAGACUCCACCAAAACCCCCAGCAAACUCGACCACACUGCCAUAGAUAUGCCCCCGAUUUACCCCUCACUCAACGCCAAGUUACAAGUGAACAAAAAUGCCAACACAGAGCCGGCUAAAGAAGGAGAGAAGAAAGAAGAGGAAGAAGACAAUGGUGGCGACGAAGACGGACCCAAACCCAUUCCCCCAUUCAGUUCCUGUUUCAUUCUAUCCACAACCAACCCGUUCCGGAGAUGCUGUCACUACAUACUGACGCUACGUUAUUUCGAGAUGUGUAUUCUGUCAGUCAUCGCUAUGAGCAGUAUUGCAUUAGCGGCUGAAGAUCCCGUAUCGCCAGAAUCACCUCGAAACAACGUUUUGCGUUACUUUGACUAUGUAUUCACGGGUGUGUUCACCUUUGAGAUGCUCAUCAAGAUGGUGGUGUUAGGCUUGGUUUUGCAUGAGGGCUCAUAUUUUCGUGACCUCUGGAACUUUCUGGACUUUGUAGUGGUUAGUGGUGCCCUGGUAGCCUUUGCCUUCACGGGGAGCAGUAAGGGGAAAGACAUCAGUGUCAUCAAGUCUCUGAGGGUCCUAAGGGUGCUACGUCCACUCAAGACCAUCAAACGUCUUCCUAAACUAAAAGCGGUGUUUGACUGUGUAGUAAACUCUCUGAAGAACGUGUUGAACAUCCUCAUUGUCUACAUGCUGUUCAUGUUCAUCUUCGCUGUGGUGGCCGUGCAGCUCUUUAAGGGACGAUUCUUCUACUGUACCGACGAGUCCAAAGAGUUCGCCCGUGACUGCAGGGGCGAAUAUUUGGUGUAUGAGCGUAAUAACGAGGUCAAAUCGCAGAAGCGGGAGUGGAAGAAGUACGAUUUUCACUACGACAACGUGCUUUGGGCCCUGCUUACUCUCUUUACUGUGUCCACUGGAGAGGGAUGGCCGCAGGUGUUGAAGCACUCUGUGGACUCCACUUAUGAGAACCAGGGCCCGAGCCCGGGGUACCGGAUGGAAAUGUCCAUCUUUUACGUGGUGUACUUCGUUGUCUUCCCCUUCUUCUUCGUAAACAUCUUUGUAGCUCUCAUCAUCAUCACUUUCCAGGAGCAAGGAGACAAGAUGAUGGAGGACUACAGCCUCGAAAAGAAUGAGAGAGCCUGUAUUGAUUUUGCUAUAAAUGCCAAACCUCUAACGCGCCACAUGCCUCAGAACAAGCAAAGCUUUCAGUACCGAAUGUGGCAGUUUGUGGUGUCGCCUCCGUUUGAGUACAGUAUCAUGGCUCUCAUUGCGCUCAACACAGUCGUCCUUAUGAUGAAGUACGACGGGGCCUCCGAGGCGUAUGAUAAAGUCCUGAAGAACCUGAAUAUUGUGUUCACGACACUCUUCUUCAUGGAGUGUAUUCUGAAAAUCAUUGCCUUUGGUAUCAAAAAUUAUUUCCGAGACGCUUGGAAUAUUUUUGAUUUUGUGUCCGUUAUCGGCAGCAUCACAGAUAUUUUAGUGACAGAGUUUGGGAAUAACUUCAUAAACCUGAGUUUUCUGAGACUCUUCCGAGCAGCACGUCUCAUUAAGCUCUUGAGGCAGGGCGAGACCAUUCGCAUUCUGCUUUGGACCUUCGUUCAGUCAUUUAAGGCUUUGCCAUAUGUGUGUCUGCUCAUUGCAAUUCUGUUCUUCAUCUAUGCCAUCAUUGGCAUGCAGUUGUUUGGGAACUUGGAUAUUACAGAAGAGGAAGACAGUGCGAUCAACGAACACAACAACUUCAGAACCUUCAUCAUGGCCCUAAUGCUCCUCUUCAGGAGUGCCACUGGCGAGGCAUGGCAUGAUAUCAUGCUGGCAUGUCUCGGAGGAAAGAAGUGUGAUGAGAAAUCUGGGAACGAAGGGCCAGAGUGCGGCAGCAACUUUGCCUAUGCAUACUUUGUUUCUUUCAUCUUCCUCUGUUCUUUCCUGAUGCUGAAUCUCUUCGUUGCUGUCAUCAUGGAUAACUUUGAGUACUUGACCAGGGACUCCUCCAUCCUGGGUCCACAUCAUUUGGAUGAGUAUGUCAGGAUAUGGGCAGAGUACGACCCAGCAGCCUGCGGCAGGAUCAGUUACACUGAUAUGUAUGAGAUGCUCAGGCACAUGUGUCCUCCGCUAGGCCUGGGAAAGAGGUGCCCGGCUCGGGUCGCCUACAAGAGACUGCUACGUAUGGACCUCCCUGUUGCUGAUGAUAACACGGUGCAUUUCAACUCUACUCUGAUGGCUUUGAUACGCACAGCUCUGGACAUCAAAAUCGCCAAGGGAGGCGCGGACAAACACCAGAUGGACGCGGAGCUCCGUAAGGAAAUGAUGGCGAUUUGGCCAAAUCUCUCCCAGAAGAACCUGGAUCUGCUGGUAACGCCACACAAGUCAGCGACAGACCUGACAGUGGGCAAGAUCUACGCCGCCAUGAUGAUAAUGGAGUACUACCGGCAGAGCAAGGCCAAAAAGCUGCAGGCGCUUCGUGAGGAGCAGAACCGAACGCCAUUAAUGUUUCAGCGCUUGGAGCCAUCCCCGAACCAGGAAGGGGGACCGGGGGUGAACGGUCUCCCAGAGUUGCCGCAGGAACCUGUCAAUAGCCUGCCUCCAGAGGGUGGAAUGAGUGAGAGCCAAUCUUGGGUGACGUCCCGUGCCCAGGAAAUGUUCCAGAAGUCUGUUCCGGAAAACUGGAACCCUGACAGACCAUCGUAUCCUGAUGACCAUCACAACAGCCGCCAUAAUCCACAGACGGUAGAAAUGAGAGAGAUUGGCCCUGUUGGGGACGGUUACUCGGACACUGAGCCCUAUCACCCAAUGGAAGGGCAUGGGCGGACCAUCUCCAUGCCACGCCUCUCAGCAGACAACCAAAGUGUGCAUUCUGCUGCGCGACGGAGACACAGGCCGCGAGGAAGUAACCUCAGUACCAUCACCGACACAAGUCCAAUGCGCCGUUCUACAUCCUCACUGGUCCACGGACGUUCUGGUCGAGGCGUACGAUUGGACGAUUAUUCUUUGGAGAGGGUGGUGUCAGAAGAGAUUCACCGACACGGUCCGCGAAGGAGAGAGCGUGAUCGAGACCGGGAGAGAGACCGCAGUCACCGCACCUCAGAGAGAUCCCUCGCUCGCUAUACAGACGCAGACACAGGACUGGGCACAGAUCUUAGCACCACUACACAGUCAGUUGACCUUCCACCUAAAGAGAGAGAACGAGAACGGGGUCGAGCAAAAGACCGUCGCCACCACCAUCAUCAUCAUCACCACCACAGCUCGGUGGAUAAAGAGCGUUACGGUCAUGAGCGUGACUACCACCGUCAUCCUCAAGACAGAUCUGAUCGCCAAUGGUCCCGCUCACCGAGUGAGGGGAGAGGGCACAGACAGGGCAGUAGUUCUGUGAGCGGAAGCCCCGUUCCCUCGACGUCGGGGACCAGCACCCCCCGGCGUGGCCGUCGGCAGUUGCCCCAGACCCCAUCCACACCUCGUCCUCAUGUCACCUACUCCCCAGCCGUCCGCAAGCCUCCAUACGGCUCCCCGGGCCAGGGUCGACUCCGCUCCCCUUCCCCGCGACACUUCUCUCCACCAGACCAUGAACCGCCCUACCACCGUCCACCCUCCCGCCAUGCCUCGCCUCAUCACGACUCGCCCCGGCACGUCUCCCCGCGCUCCCCCAGGCAUGCGUCACCCAGGUCCCCACGUCACGGCCGCUGGGGCCCGCCGCCGGACAGCCUGGAGGGCGAUGGACCAUUCUAUGACCGGGACUAUGAGUACGAGCGGCACCACGAGCCACCUGCCUACGAGCAGAGUCUAUCGCAGGGCAACCCUCACCCUCAUUCUCACCCGCACCCCCGGUCCCCAAGGACUGCUCGUCACGGGCCUCCCUUACACCCGCGCCGUGUGCCGAACGGCUACCGUUCCUCCUCGCCCUCCCCGCACCGGCGCGACCCCCACCCAGGCCCACACCGGCCGCCAAAUGGCCGUGGGCCCCGGAAGGGGUUGCACGAACAAUAUAGCGAGACGGACGAGGAUGAUUGGUGUUAGUGCGCAGGGUGACCAGGAGGGGGCGCCGCUCAACUCAAAACCGAGAUGUUUAUGCACCGCAGCAGGGAGAGAGGGGACGGAAGAGGAAAAGCAAAUGGUGCUUUUGCGCCAUCGUGAGACUCUAAACCUUGGAGUGGCACAUCGAGCUUCCCUACUCCCUCUCUCUCUCUAUUGCUUUCUCCUGCUCUCUAGACUAUGUUGCCCAUGCUGCUCAGCAAGCAAGGGAAUGGGAGCAUACGAGAGAUAAAUGGGGUGGUUGCGUUUAGAUGGACUGAACUUUAAAGAUCAGAGUCGUUGUGUUUGAACACUCCACUCCAGACUGAGCAAGACCGAUUGCUUCUUGCACGAUGGAAAAAAUGAGCAACAUCAUCUGUCAAUCAAAAAAAAGACAAGAAAAAAUGAGUUUUGAAAAAAAGUUUGAAAAUCAAGCCAGAACCCCUUUUUUCCCCCUCACAUCUAUGCCUCUUGAAAAGACCCAAAAAAUUAAAAAGGGAAGAAAAAAAAUAGACAUUGUUGAAGAAAAAGCUAGUUUUCUUGUGAACAAGAGCUCUACCUACUGCAAAACCAGCCCCAUGUGCUGGCCAAUAUCGAUGAGUUUUAUCAUCUACGUUUACUGUUACCAACUCAAGACGCUGAGUGACCUCAUCACCUGGGGGAGGGGUUAACUGUCGAAGAGGCGUGGCAUAUGAAAGGACUCAGUGCAGGCGGGAGGAGGCGGGUUGGCGUGGCACACCGAAAACCCCGCCCACAAACUGCCACUCAAUGAUAAAGGAAAAGACAGCGGAAAAAGAAUGAAACGGCAGAUGAGGGAGGGACGGAAAGACUAUUUCCUCUUCAGAAUGUCUUCAAUUGAUUACUUCUUCUUUUUUAACAUUUGGAGCUUGGUUAUUCUGUUGCAUUUGCUCAGCUUUCUUUGAUAUUUUUGGACUAAAAUCUGAUGGAAACUUGCAUGAGUGAUUUAAAAAAUAUAUAUAUAUAUCAGACAGAAGAUUUACUGUGGGAAGGGGGGGUGAUAGCUCUCUUUUUUCCAUUCAGUUUAAGGAAGUUCUUUCUCUCGUUUCCUCCCUGUUGCUCUUGCCAUGUCUACAGACCUUUAUGUGCAGAUGGAGUUUAUAGAUAGACGUUAAAGCAGACCUUUCUAGAUAGCGAGACAGAUCUGAAGGUGUUUUCUAUGUUAUUUCCAUCUGAGGAUCCCAGAUGAUGUUCUGCACUGUUUAUAAUUACUUUGGAUUGCACUAAAAACUAGCCUGAAUGGUGAAACCUCCCUCAUUACAGCUCUGUCAGCCAUGGUUGUGAACAGAGAGAAACGGGGUGAGAGAUGUUCUCCUUUCUAAAGGCUUCAUUUGCUAUUGUCAAUAACAGUAGUCUUAUAAUGAUGAAAACUAUCUUAAUGCAAUUGAUGUAGAUGACGGUGAUGCUGAUGAAGAUAGAGGUGGUCAUGUGACUUUGUUGUCUUGUUUUCAGGAGUUUUGUCUGCUGUGGCCAUCUUGUUUCGAACUCUUUGUGUUUGUUUUUGGUUCUGUUCACAACAGAUUGAAGUCUAUAAGGGUGCGCUUCUGAUAGCAUCCUGAAGUUUACGUACUUGUGACCUCAGCUGAGUAGAAUAUUCCUAUCAGUAGUGAAUAGUUUUGGUCAGAGCUCAUGAAUGUUUUAAAAGAGAGAGUCAGGCCAUUCAGGAUACCCUCGGACAGUUUUCGUGUCAGAGUUUUUCAGACAAAUUCAGGGUCCAUUUCAUAGUUAUUUUUGGACAGAAAAAGAUGGUCACACAACAGUGUGAUCAGGAGAGAUUGUUUUAUAGAAGGUCAGAUUUUAACCCCUUAAAUUAUUUCACUGCUAAUGUAAGUGCAAGUUCAUAUUUUGGGCGAUGAAUGUUGUUGUUUACUUUUUGUCCAUGUUGUGGUGCUGUUACACAGCUUUAGCCAGGCUAGACUAUGGACAAACGAUCCCUUAUGAAAGUACGGUGGCCAGAGGGAGCUAUUACAUUUGCAAAACUGUUCCCAGACAGUAGGUGACGUAGCAGGUCUGUCGAAGCUCGCCUUCGACAGUCGUUUUUUGAGAAUUUUGACCUGGAUAGUCUUUGAUCAAGUAACUGGAAACGAUUCUUCCACCCUGCCUUCCUGUUCCCUGCCAUGGGCAGUUUGUCAUGUCUUUGGCUGCCUGCUCAAUCUGAGACCCUCCCCCUUCUGCUCAGGAUACAACGAUACAGCCAAACGUAUAUCUCACAGGGGUGUAGAGGUGCGGCCUUUUCAGCCUCCCCUACUGUCAUUUAACCUGUCCAGCUGACCCACACCCAUCCAACCAUCUAAAAACAUCAGAAAAGACCAAAUGUUUAUUAAAUAUCCCAUUACAACAGGGUUUUUUUCCCCCCUGCAGAUAAGGAUUUUAUUGUGCAUAGGCUACUCUUUUAUAGCUCAGGAGCCGUGUAUUUCUCAGUUUUGUUUAAGUGUCAACUUUGUCUCAGAUGUUUCUCCAAAAAUCGAGAAGAAAAAAAAUCACAAAUGAGACAAAUGUUGCCGUGCUGUAUGAAUAUAGAGCUAUAAAAUAAAUGUGGGUAGCAUCAUCUGAAAUCGUUUUUCUGAAACUCUAGAGGAGACGCAUGUGAGAUCUUUUUUUUUUUCUCAGGAGAAAAAACUCCAAAAGUCUCAAUUUUAUCUCAUUGCUGUCUAGGAGUAAGAAUUAAAGAGAUCUCUUUUAUGAUUUUUCUUUAUGGAAUGUUUAAGAUCAGAAACCCUGACUGUAGUUUUGCUUAAAAAGAUGCAGAAGUUUCUCUUAAAGCGGUCAGCAUGGGAAUCCGUAAGGUUUCA